UGAAAAAGCUUUGCCGGUUUCCAGCAACCAUUCUCAAAACGACAUUCGUACGCAUUUAAUUUCGUAACAUCUUACAUUCCGUACCAUUUGGGUUUAGACCGUUUCAUUGGUCAUCAAGAUUCAGUUUCUAUAUUGUAUCCAGCACGAGAACUGGUUUAUGAAGUUCUCACAACGACAACAACAAUCUUAUACAUUUAAGCGGCUUUAGCGUGUUAAAUCACAUUGUUUCUUGCUGUUGCGAGCGGAUUUUACCGCGUAACCUUGUCUUUGCAAUUAAAACAGUCUUUUGCUCGCUGUCCCAUUCCUAUUUUAGCCUAGGAAAGCUUUCUAUUCCUCAAUAUGAUGUUAAACAUAAGGGGACCGAAGCUGAUAGUUACAGAGGUUACUUUACUAUUUGUCGGUUACUAUGUUCUUCUCUUAACUCAUUCCAUUAAGGAGGCUCAAAGACGACAGAAACCGGUCCGAUUUAGUCGUCGUCCUCGUUUUGGAAAGGAGCCAAGACGGUUGUCAAUGAAAUGGAGCAUCGGUAUAUUGUGUACUUUGUAUCUGGACGUGUUCAUUGCAUUAGCGAACUACAUAUCUUCUGGGUCAACCGUCGCAAAGCCCGUAAUAGUGUCUUAUAUAUUAUUGAUCUUAUUUUGGACCAUUGUUAUCGUGAACUUGAACGAUUCCUCAAAACUAUCCCGACAAGCAUCUUCGUUUUUCAGUGCAUAUCGCGUUCAUUUGCUUUAUGCUUGGUUUGUUGGUUUAGUUUUUGAGUUCAUAUACUUAAGUCGAUCCAGGAAAUUCUACGACUAUUAUAACGGAUUGCUAUAUGCAACUCGUUUUCUUCGUGUAUUAUUGUACCUCACUGGAUUGAUUGUCUAUAUUGCAAAACGGCGGCAUGUCCACCAGGAAAGCAUCAUCACCGAGGAAGAAGAUGUUGGUAUUGAAGAGAAUCUCGAAUCACGAACAAGGCUUAAGCCUGACAAAUCCUCUUCCUUAUUUACGUACUUGCUCUCUUUCAGGAUAUUCUUACCUAUGUUAUGGCCAAGUAAAAACUUUCUGCUACAGGUUCACUUUGUUGCCUGUAUCCUUUUACUACUUGCAGGAAGAUGGUUCAAUGUUCUUGCUCCUAGACAACUUGGUAUAAUCACAGACAAGCUUUCUGAAAACCUUGGAGCUAUUCCCUGGGUUGAAAUCAUCUUGUACGUAUUUUAUCGUUUUUGCCAAGGAAAUAUGGGUUUACUUGGUUCUCUACGUUCCUACCUUUGGAUUCCUGUCUCCCAGUACACAUAUAAAAGUUUGUCUACGAGAGCACUUGCACAUGUGCUAAACUUAUCACUGGAUUUUCACCUAAAUAAAAAGGGAGGUGAAGUACUUGCUGCACUUAGCAGGGGUGGAUCUGUAAAUACAUUUACAGAGCAGGUCGUGUUCCAAAUAACACCGGUUAUGUUUGAUAUGGUUAUUGCAAUGGUAUAUUUUCUGCUACAAUUCGACAUUUAUUUCUCCAUAAUCGUCCUCAUCAUGACGCUUCUAUAUUGCUACACAACCGUAAAAAUCACUGCUUGGAGGACAAGAGCAAGGAGAGAAAUGGUAAACAGCUGGCGUGAAAGUUAUGCCGUGCAAAAUGACUCAAUUAUGAAUUAUGAGACUGUUAAGCAUUUCGACGCAGACGACUAUGAGAACAAUCGAUAUGAAAGUGCGGUUGAUGACUAUCUAAGGCACGAAUGGCGGGUUUCUUCCAGUCUGUCCGUCAUCAAUAUUGUUCAAGGUAGUAUUCUUACACUAGGUCUCACGGCAACAAGUAUCCUCAGCGCAUACAGAAUUAUAUAUGGCACUGAUAAAGUUGGUGAUUUUGUUGUUCUUUUGACAUAUAUGAUUCAAUUGCAAGGACCACUUAAUUUUUUUGGUACUUACUAUAGAGCUAUUCAAAACAGUCUUAUUGAUGCAGAACGACUGUUGGAACUCUUUAAUGAGAAACCUACUAUUCAGGACAGUCCAGACUGUAAAGAGUUACAGGUUUCGAACGGAAAAGUUGAGUUCUCGAAUGUUUCGUUUGCUUACGAUGCGAGAAAACCUGUUUUAAAAAAUGUGGAGGAAAGUCAACCUAUAAUGCGUUUAAUUCUACGUUUCUAUGAUGUGCAGAGCGGUCAAAUUUUGAUUGAUGACCAAGAUAUUCGCGAUGUAUCUUUGUCUAGUUUACGAUCUUCAAUCGGAGUGGUUCCUCAAGAUACUACCCUUUUUAACGACACGAUCAUGUACAAUAUACGAUAUGCAAAGCCUGAUGCCACAGAUGACGAAGUACGAAAAGCAGCUGAGGCUGCACAGAUUCACGACAACAUUAUAAAGUUUCCUGAAGGAUAUAAAACCCGAGUUGGAGAACGAGGACUAAAGCUGAGCGGCGGUGAGAAACAACGUAUAGCUGUUGCUCGAACUUUGCUGAAGAAUCCUCCCAUAAUUCUGCUCGACGAAGCUACGUCUGCCCUCGACACAGCUACUGAGCGACAAGUACAAGCAUCGCUCUCUCACCUUGCUAAAGGUCGGACAGUCCUUGUAAUUGCGCAUCGACUUUCGACAAUAACAUCCGCUGAUCAAAUUCUGUGUAUCGCCAACGGUUCUAUUGUUGAGCAGGGAACACAUGAUGAACUUCUUAAAAAGGAGAACGGAAUGUACAAGAAUAUGUGGUUUCAACAAGUGGCCUCCGAAAAAGCUGAUAAUAAUUAA